GGAUAGUGUUUGAAUAGCAGAGAUGUGCGAACAAAUCAAAUUAGCAAAACUGCAGAGUACCUUAGCCUUUCUAGAUGCUACAAGAGCCUUCUCUCCUCCCUGUCCAAAUACUAACCCUGCCGAGAGUGAGUCCUGGAAGGAGGCCCCGGGGAAGCGGAAGAAGCGGUUUGUGCCAAGGAGAGCUCUGUCUUCGGAGACUCCAGGCUCAGAGCGCUACUCACCUGUCUCCAUGGCGAUGGCAGCGGCCAUAACAAGCAAAGACACCGAAUCGUCACCUGCCCAACAGAGGAAAAGCCUGGAGGGGCGUGAGAAGUUCCGGAAACCACGGCUCCCUCUUCGGGUCCCGGGGCAUGGAGGAGUAAGGGGACGGUGGCUCCGGCCAGGCCCGCUCAGCCGGCGCUGGCUCCGGAAUGGCGAGGGGGCGGUGCCGGGCUGUGGGAGCGCCUGUGGGGCAGGAGCCCAGGGAGGCAGAGACUUUUACCCUCAAAAGGAAUGAGACCCAGAGCCUGGCACAAGGAAGACAAGUGUGCAAAGUUGGUGGAAUGAAUUUCGGUGGCCUAAAUGUACCUUCUUCAAAUGCCACGGCUGACUGGGUCUCCUCGCCCACUUCACCCUCUCUUGCAAUCCAGCUUGUGAGGCGUGUGUGUGUAUCUGUGUGACCGCGCUUGCCUUUACAUGGAGGUUGGCUUCCCAGCCAUCCAGGCUUGCAUACACGUGCAUAAGUCCUACCCCUGCCUCGCUUGCCUGCUGUACCAGGCGUUGGUUCCUUCUUCCUGCCUGUUUUCUGUCCAAAUCCGUUUCUGAUUUGGACAGAAAACACGCAGGUGGCACACAGUAAGCGCUUAAUAAAAUUUCCGGCUACCUGAA